CAGCAGUGUUCGGAUCAGAUGCCGGUGCUUCCUGAGAAGGAGUGAGAUCUCAGUAUUUAGGACGACAUGUCUCCGCGAGAUUAAGCGUGAAGCUAACCCAAAAGCAUCAUCAUUAUCAUUCCGCCUAGUAUCUUCCUUCUUCGUGGUAAUAACUUAUUGAACCAUUUUUGAUAAUACUCUUCUUUUUUCCUUCUUCCUCUCUUCUUCUUUCGACACUUGUCAAAAUGGUUCGCUUCUCAUUUGCCGCGGCACUGUUCGCUGCCACAGCUCUCGCGGUCCCAAGCCCCCUCACUCCGGAUCCUGCGGGCGCCAAGAACAUCGGCAACGGCCGGGGUGCUCAGUUCAUCGGCGGUGCCUGCCUCAACAGCAGAGACUGCGCCUCGGCCUGCUGCGCAAUCCUGAACGGCGCGGGCAUCUGCUCCGGAGUCGGGGCCCAGUUUCAAGCGGGCAAGCAAGGGUGCGGCUUCGGCGGCGGCGGCGCGGCUGCGGCUCCCGCCUUUCCACAGGUAGCCGUCCAGGCGUCGCCGUCAACGGAGUCUGCGGCAGGCAACGGAUCACCCGCGGGCUCGGGCGCUUCCGGGUCGUCCAACGUUGGCGCGGGUAACGGCCAGCAGUUCAUCACGGGACAGUGCUUGUCAGACGCCGACUGCGCUUCGGGAUGCUGCGCCGGUCCCAAGGGGGCCUGCGCCGCCAGGGCCGUUGCCGAGGAGAACGGAAAGUCGGGCUGCGGGUUCACCGGCGCAGGAAGCGCGGCGGGGUCCACGGGUGGUGGUGGUGGUGAUGGUGGUGCGACGGCCGGAAAUGCGGCGGCGGCGCCCGCCGCGCCUCCUCCUCAGACCGCACCGUCUGCUGGCGGAGGCUCGUCCGGCGCCAACCAAAAUGCCGCAGGCUCCCAGAACGUGGGAAAGGGCAACGGACAGCAGUUCAUCACCGGCCAGUGCCUCUCGGAUGCGGAUUGCGCCUCGGGAUGCUGCGCUGGGCCCAAGGGCGCGUGCUCGGCAGUCGCUGUUGCGAAUGCAAGUGGGAAAACAGGCUGCGGGUUCAAAGCCGCAUGAUAUGGGGAUGACUGGGCGUGAAAAGGGCGACUUGCGAGGAACAAACGGCGCAAAUUACGAUAGAGGCUCAUUGCAGGUACAUGAGCGGGUAUCACUGAAAUGA